AUGGUACUGCAAAGAGAUGUCCAGGGCAGGGUUUACAAAUUCAAGAGCAGGUCAGAAUGCUUGGGUUUGGGCAUGCUUACUCUCGAUGUCACAGACGUGGUGCGCAGCCACAUGGUCCUCGUCCUAGGUAUUGUGCCAGGAAAGUUGGAUUAUGUGAAAGUCAUGACAAUUACCUCGACGCGGAAGGAUCAGAGCGAAUAUGUCCCUAUCUCGCCCACACCGAAGAAGGGCUUUGCAAUCCAACUUCGACUUCGAGACUACCCCGGAUGGUAUCACGGAGAUGCUGGCCUGUUCUUUACUACACUGCGAAAGAAUUCAUACCUAAAGAUUGACUCGUCCUACGAGGUACCGAUACAAAUGUUAGUCGAGGAACCAGAUUGUCUCGGCAAUCCUUUAAUGAUUUGGCCUAAAAAUCGAGGGGGUCUGGGAGAGCUUCGAGAUCAUGUUCAACGUCGUGAUUUGAUUCGCAAGAAAGAGAAGCAGAGAGAAGUGGAGGACGGUGUUUAA